GCGCACAGCUGGCAAAGGAGAAUAUCAUGUGAGUCAACAAUAUGGCAGAUUGUGUGAGAAAUAGAUUUUGAAUUAGCCAGCUGAACUAGAGUAUCUUUGAAGCAGUUUAUAGCUCCUAUUUUAUCGUACGGCCCCUUGUACAGCCUGGAGAGUGUCUGUGGUCUGAGAUAGUACCUUCAGGGGGGUCCUUUGUGUGUGUGUUGUCAAGAGAAGCUCAAGUCAUUGAGAGGAAAGGCCUAUACUCAUAGGAAUAAGCUUUAUUAUAGUAGGAAUGAGCAAAAGAUGAGCAACUCUAAGGUGACCCUCUCUACUCGGCAAAAGACAGAACUCAACUCUGCGAUUGCCGAGUACUUUCACUCACAAGGAUUCCACGAGAGUGUCGAGUGCUUCAGGAAAGAGGCCGACGUGGCCCCCAGUGCUCCCAACUCUAAGUAUGCUGGUCUCCUGGAGAAGAAAUGGACGUCUGUUAUCAGACUACAAAAGAAAGUAAUGGACCUUGAACAAAAACUGUCUGAGAUACAGAAAGAGGUAGUAGAAGGUGGAGCCACUCGGAAAACAAGAUUAGCCACCGAUUGGAUACCAAGACCGCCAGAAAGGUACGAGCUGACUGGUCAUCGUGCCCCUGUCACUAGAGUGGUGUUCCACCCAGUCUAUAGUUUGGCUGUAUCAUCAUCUGAAGAUGCCACCAUCAAGGUGUGGGAUUAUGAGACGGGGGACUUUGAGAGGACGUUGAAAGGACACACUGAUGCUGUACAGGAUCUCGCUUUCGAUCACACAGGAAAAGUAUUAGCGUCUUGUUCAGCGGACAUGUCUAUUCGACUGUGGGACUUCACUACGUAUGAGUGUGUUCGAACCCUCCAAGGUCACGACCACAACGUCUCAUCAGUGUGCUUCAUGCCCUCAGGAGAUUUCAUUGUGUCCUGUUCUCGUGACAAAACUAUCAAAAUGUGGGAGGUGGCUACCGGGUAUUGUGUGAAGACAUACGUAGGUCACAGAGAGUGGGUAAGGGAGGUCAGAGUGAGUCCAGAUGGGUCGCUCCUGGCUACCUGCUCCAACGAUCAGACUGUUCGAGUAUGGGUGGCCUCUACCAAAGAGUGCAAGGCUGAGCUGAGAGGUCAUGAACACGUGGUAGAGGCUGUCGCUUGGGCCCCCGAUGUAGCUCUUCCACACAUUGCAGAGACCUGUGGUAUUGAGAACAAGAAAGGUGGUCCCACUCCAGGCCCCUUCCUAAUCUCUGGCUCUAGAGACAAGACCAUUAAACUAUGGGACGCAUUAACAGGAGUCUGUCUAUUAACACUGGUUGGUCAUGACAACUGGGUUCGCGGGCUGACCUUUCACCCUGGCGGUGGGAAGGUGAUCGUUAGUGUAUCAGAUGACAAAACAAUACGAAUCUGGGACUAUAAGAACCAACGCUGCCAAAAAACUUUAGACGCACACGCUCAUUUUGUAACUUCACUGGAUUUCCACAAGUCAGGCCCAUACGUGGUCACAGGCAGUGUGGAUCAGACUGUUAAAGUAUGGGAGUGUCGUUGACCUAUCUAGCUCAAAACUUUAGGCUCUUGACAUCACAGACUUACACCUAUUCGACACAACACAUGACAACCAAAGAUUCUGUAUUAUGUUUUGACCCUUACACUGACUGAUCUGUAUGAUGUUGGUGCAUACAGCCAGUUGGUUCUGUGUAGAUUGCUUGUUGUAGGAUUACUUUUAUAUGUGUUGUUUGUGUGCAUGUGCUCGUGUGCAUAAACUGUUGUGAUUAUGUGUAUCUAGUGUUGUUUAUUUAAUGUGAUUGUAUGUAGUCUUUUAUG